AAUUCUCUCCACCCCCCUAUUGCUUCAUCCCAAGCAAGACCAAACUCCAUGCUUGUGUUGCCUUGACCGACUAGGACCCAUCAAUACUUCCUCAAUCAGCAACGAUGACGCUCCGAAGGCUUGGAAAGAGUGUUCGGGAGCUAUUCAUACGUGAUGAUAAGAUCGCAGAUGACGAAAAGGCCGGGCAUAAGAAAAGCACCAUCAACCUUCUAGAACGCACGACCGAUGAGCUGAGCCGUACAAAACAUAUAUCUUUCAGGCACACAGAUCUUCUAGGCCGCAUGAUCAAGGUUGUGCAAUUUUCGCCCGCCGAAGAACCCGCUGAUGGUAUGAACGAGGAAGUCGGACACUUUUUCCAGCCGCGGUCGGAAGCGUGGCUAGCGUUGCAUCCCCUCGAUAUGGACAGGCCGAGUGUUCGAAACAAAAUCGAAGAGUUCAAUCAAGAUGUGGAUUAUCGCCAGGUUCCCAGCGGAUUUGAGAACUCAAUAAGCAUCAUCUCCCAGUUUGCACAGUCCUUUGCGUACCGGAUCGGAUGGCACUACACCGCCACCAGGGUCGGCACGAAUUGCGAUCUAAUGAUUGAUUCGGAUUGGUUUCCUACUGGGACAGGAGAUACUAUUUUCAGGAACGGGUUUCUAUUGGAGGAUCACAUCAAAUCUCAUGUUGACUGGACCCUGUCGAAGGCUUGGGUACCUGGAAGAACGAACAAAGACUGCCCGCAUGCCAUGCUAAUGAUCACGCACCCGGUUGAUGGAGAUGACCGCCUCCUGCGAGGGGAGGUCCUCUGCAUCCUCGAGACAAUGAAGUUCAGACUUUCUCUCCCUGAAUUUAAGGAUCAUUGUAUCGCUCCGGUCAUGAUAAUCUCGGUCGCCCAUAACAAGGGUAGAAUCCUUCAGGCCUACUGGGAUGGCCAGUAUGUUGUCAUUCGGCAAUCCCCCCUUCACCUACUCAAUACGAAGGAUAUAGCUACUUACAACCUCUUUGUGCGUUACAUGGCGAAUAUACCAAUUGGGGUCACCAAGAGGAUUCCAUCAUGAAGC